GAACCACCCAAAGUGCAUUCAUUUCUCAUGUUGUCCUCUUCGCUCACAAUCAAAACCUUGUGGAUCUUUUAAACCCUUUUCUAUUCCUUCAUUCUCAUCACAAAUCACAAUUCACCAAACAUGAUCAAGAGAUCCAUACCACAUGAUCUUGAAGAGGUGCAUAACAUGAUGAAGAUGAAGAAAAAGAUCAAGAUAUCGGAUCAUGAUCCGACAUCUUUGCCGUCCAAGAGAACCGCUAACAGUGUAGCAGCGGUUCUGAUGGACGAAAACUUGUUAUUCGAGGUUUUAAAGCAUGUGGAUGCCCGGACGUUGGGUGCCGCCGCGUGCGUCAACACGCGGUGGCACCAAACCGCUCAGGACGAGCGGUUAUGGGAGCUGAUCUGCACCCGACACUGGGCUAACAUCGGGUGCGGCAGCGAUCAGCUCCGUAUCGUUGUUCUAGCGCUUGGAGGCUUCCGAUGUCUCCACUCGCAUUACUUGUUGCCGUUAUCUAAACCUUCCGCUUUGGUUGCAUCCUCUUCCUCUUCUUCUACUGUCGCCGCGGCCACCUCCUCAUCGGUGUGGCCGUGUCUGCCGCUACCGCCGCGCACGGUUACACCGACGAAACCUGCCGCGGCGGCGAAAACUCGUUGGGGAAAAGAUGAGAUCCAGCUCUCUCUAUCUCUUCUCUCGAUUCGUUACUUUGAAAAGUUGGGUUACAAUAACCGUAACAAAUGAAUUCCAAUGAAUGAAAAGAGAUGAUGAAUUAGUUGUUUGAUUUUUUGGUUUUAUAUUAUUGUUUGUAACUUUUGUAGUAAGAAAUAGUUGAUGGUGGUUAGACGGUGGCGAUGAAUGUUAAGUCCGGCGAACUUCCGGUUCUCCGCCACUAUCAACGGCGGUAUUUGGGGGUUGUCUUGUUGUGGGGGAAAAGAGGGCAGGUGGGAAAAUGAGAAGGUGGGUGAGAGUUUUGUCGUAUUCAUUGUUGGCAUUAUGUAUGAAAGCAAAAUAGAUAUAAAUGUUUCCACUACAGACAAAACAAUUAUUAUUUUAUUUAGUUUUUGUGAGUAUAUUAGUUUCUUUUAAUAUGUUUUAA